ACGAACAAGAGGCAUUGAAUUCGAUCAUGAAGGACCUGGUAGCCCUCCAGAUGAGCCGACGCCCCCGGGGGCCUGGAUAUGAAACCAUGAAGAACAAGGACACAGGUCACUCAAGCAGGCAGAAAAAACACAACAGCAGCAGCCCAGCCCUUCUGAACAGCCCCACAGUAACAACAAGCUCAUGUGCAGGGGCCAGGGAGAAAAAGAAAUUUUUGAGUGACGUCAGAAUCAAGUUUGAGCACAACGGGGAGAGGCGAAUUAUAGCGUUUGGCCGGCCUGUGAGAUACGAAGAUGUAGAGCACAAGGUGACAACAGUGUUUGGGCAACCUCUCGAUCUACAUUACAUGAACAAUGAGCUCUCCAUCCUGCUGAAAAACCAGGAUGACCUUGAUAAAGCAAUUGACAUUUUGGAUAGAAGCGCAAGCAUGAAGAGCCUGAGGAUAUUGCUGCUGUCGCAGGACAGAAACCACACCAACUCGCCCCUCUCAGGCGUGUCCCGGCAGGUGCGGAUCAAGGCUUCCCAGUCCGCAGGCGAUAUAAAUGCCGCCUACCAGCCCCCCGAGUCCAGAAGCAGGCACCUGUCUGUCAGCUCCCAGAACGCUGGCCGAAGCUCGCCGCCUCCCGGCUACGUCCCCGAGCGGCAGCAGCACAUCGCCCGGCAGGGGUCCUACACCAGCAUCCACAGCGAGGGGGAGUUCAUCCCCGAGACCAGCGAGCAGUGCAUGCUGGAUCCCCUGAGCAGUGCAGAAAACUCCUUGUCGGGAAGCUGCCAGUCCUUGGACAGGUCAGCAGACAGCCCAUCCUUCCGGAAGUCGCGCAUGUCCCGUGCCCAGAGCUUCCCCGACAACAGACAGGAGUACUCGGAUCGGGAAGCUCAGCUCUGUGACAAAGGGGUCAAGGGCGGGACCUACCCGCGGCGCUACCACGUGUCCAUGCACCACAAGGACUACAGCGACGGCAGAAGAACCUUUCCCCGAAUCCGGCGUCACCAAGGCAACCUGUUCACGCUGGUGCCCUCCAGCCGCUCCCUGAGCACGAACGGCGAGAACAUGGGUCUGGCCGUGCAGUACCUGGACCCUCGCGGGCGCCUGCGGAGUGCAGACAGCGAGAACGCCCUUUCUGUUCAGGAGAGGACUGUGCCAACCAAGUCUCCCAGUGCCCCCAUCAACUGGCGCCGGGGGAAGCUCCUGGGCCAGGGUGCCUUCGGCCGAGUCUACCUGUGCUACGACGUGGACACGGGACGCGAGCUUGCUUCCAAGCAGGUCCAUUUCGACCCCGACAGUCCCGAGACGAGCAAGGAGGUGAGUGCCCUGGAGUGCGAGAUCCAGCUGCUGAAGAACCUGCAGCACGAGCGCAUCGUGCAGUACUACGGCUGCCUGCGGGACCGGGCCGAGAAGACGCUGACCAUCUUCAUGGAGUACAUGCCGGGGGGCUCCGUGAAAGACCAGCUGAAGGCCUACGGGGCUCUGACGGAGAGCGUGACCCGCAAGUACACCCGGCAGAUCCUGGAGGGCAUGUCCUACCUGCACAGCAACAUGAUUGUGCACCGCGACAUCAAGGGUGAGCGCAGCGCAGCGGCUGGGACCCAGGCCCGGCCCC